AUGUUGGAGAAAGUGGCCAACGAAACAAACUGCAAACAAGCAUGGGAUACUCUUCGAAAUUUCGUUGUGGGAGUUGAAAGAGUGAAGAAAGUCCAUCUUCAAACUCUAAAGGCUGAGUUUGAAUCUCUUUUGAUGAAAGAGAGUGAAUCCAUCUCAAAUUACUUCACAAGAAUUCUGAUGGUGGUGAAUCAAUUGAAGAGGCUUGGAGAAAAAUUAGAAGAUGUUCGUGUUGUUGAGAAAAUUCUCUGCUCUUUCAACUUCAAAUUUGACUAUAUAGUUGUAGCCAUUGAAGAAUCUAAAGAUUUGGAGAUCAUGUCCAUUGAUGAAUUAAAUGGAUCCUUACGAGCUCAUGAAGAAAGGAUGAACCGAGGCAAGCAAGAGCAAGUGGACCAAGCAAAGCUUUCCUUGAAAGAUAAAGGAGAAGCUUGUGAAAAUGGUAGAAGAGGCCAAGGAUGUGGAAGAGAUCGAGGACAUGGUCGUGGAAGAGGAAAAGCAGAGCAAAGUUGUGGAAGAGGAAUAGGAAGAGGCAAUCAUGAGGUAAAGAAUGAUAAAAGUCAAAUUGAAUAUUAUUCUUGUGAAAAAUAUUGGCAUUAUUCUUGGGAGUGUCAAACCAAGAAAGUAGAAGAGGAGACAAAGCUCAUUUUGCACAAGGAAGAUGUUGAGGUGCCUGCAUUAUUCCUUGAACUUAAUGAAGAGCACAAUGGUGAGAAGAAUAAGUGGUAUCUAGAUAAUGGAGCUAGAAACCACUUGACAGGCGAUAGAAGCAAAUUUGUGGAACUUGAUACCAAAGUGACAGGCCAUGUGCGCUUCAAUGAUGAAUCAAAGGUGGAGAUUAAAGGCAAAUGUACAAUUUCGUUUGAGGCAAAUAAUGGGAGCCAUAAGAUUCUUUCUAAUGUUUAUUACAUUCCUAAGAUAAAAAUUAAUAUUUUGAGUAUUGGGCAACUUAUGGAGAAUGGUUACAAAAUAAACAUGGAAGAUCGUUUUCUUUGGCUUAGAGAUAAAGAAGGGAACCUUAUUGCUAAGUCUUCUAUGACAAGAAAUUGCAUGUUCUUGUUGGAUAUGAAGACUAACGAAGCCAUGUGUUUAAAAACGUGUAUUUAA